AUGGGUAGUCAAGUGGCAUGCUUACAACAUUUAGAUAAUAUUCUACGAAGUGAUUCAAAAAUUGAUCACGGUUUGGUGAAAUCCGACAUUAAUCCAAAAGAUCGUCAAAAUUUUAGUUCCUGUAUUAAAAUAUCGUCCGACGACGUAUUAAAAAUACUUUACGAUCAAAAUGAUACAAAAGGAACAUACGUUUAUCUGUCAUUAAUAAAUUUAACAAUAUCAGCGUUUAUUGAUACAACAACACCAAUUGAUGAAAGAUUGUACUACGCAUGGGUUUAA